UCCAACAAAUAGCAUUGUGUCAAACAUAUAAUAUUAUUUUGAAAACCACUUCUACUAUCACGAAACACAUGUUUAAAGUUCUAAGGAAAUUAGAACCACACUUUUACAUUGUUCAUCUGCAAAAUGAGUACUAUUACUCAUCUCACACCCCACCCCUUUAGGUAUACUAGGGAUCUUAUGAUACACACCAUUUAUUAACCACUUAAGUGCAGCUUUCAUAGAACACUGUCUCUGACAUUACUCAGCUGUAGAGAUGAAUAACCAAAGAGAAAACUACGCAGAAUUGAAUAUGGUGAAGGACUCAAGGAGACAGCAAAUGAAGUCUAAGGGCACUAAAAGCUCCAUUUCAGUAUCUGAACAGGAAAUAACUUAUGCGGAAUUAAACUUUCAAGAUGCCUCUCGGGAUCUUCUAGGGGAUGACAAGAACGACCACUGCAAAGAGUUACCAUCACCACCGGGGAAGCUCGUUGCUGGGAUCCUGGGAAUCAUCUGCUUUGUCUUGUUAUCCACAGUGGUAACAAUAGCUGUUAUUACCUCUACUGUAAUUCUGGAGCAAAACAAUUCAACCCCGAUAACAAGGAACCAGACAGAAUAUCGUUGUGGUCAUUGUCCAAAUGAGUGGUUAACAUAUUCCAACAAUUGCUAUUACAUUAGUAUUGAAAGAAAAGCAUGGAAUGAGAGCUUGAUGGCGUGUGCUUCGAAGAACUCUAACCUGCUUUAUAUAGAUAAUGAAGAAGAAAUGAAUUUUCUGAACUCCUUCUAUGUUUUUUCAUGGAUUGGACUCUGUCACAGCACCAGUAAUAAUGCAUGGGUGUGGCCAAAUGGCUCAACUAUCUCUUCCAAACUGUUCCCAGUAUCUUCAGGGAGGGAUAAGAAUUGUGCGUUCUUGGAUUUUCCAGAAAACAAACUUUCUCCUGCAUCUUGUUUAGAAACAAAAAUAUAUGUUUGUAAGCACCAGGCACUUUAGCUUAACUAAAUUUGGUGUAAUGUUACUGUCACCAUCUGUAAAGAAUAUAUUUGUAGUUUCUUGAAAAGCCAUACAAUUAUUUUCUUAGAAUUUUUUUAACAUAUUGUUUUUUAGAGUAGCGUUAAGUUCACAACAAAAUCAAGAGAAAUGUACAGAGAUUUCCCAUAUGCCCCUUGUCCCUGAACAUGUACAGCCUCCCCUAUUCUCAACAUCACUCACCAGAAUGGUAUAUUUGUUACCAAGGAUGAAUCCACAUUGAUGUAUCAUAAUCACCUUAAGUCCAUAGUUUGCCUGGGGCUUCACUCUUGUUGUUGUAGAAUUAUUUUUAAAUCUUUAUUUAUAUUAUUUUUAAAUAUAUACCCAGGUACAUAUUAUAUGUUUCUUAAACUUUUACUAUUUACUAAAAUAAUCAUAUAUAAAUGACAAAACCUAAAAUCAAGAACUGUUACUCCUAAGUCUCAAUGAGGUGAGUAAUUCCACUCAUAUUUUCAAAUUAAUUCAUUUGUCCUAGACCUUGAAAUUGUUCAAAAUGAGAAUUCAAGAGCCUGGAAUGGUAAGGUGUAUGAGUCAGAGUCAACUCAAGAGACGGAAACUAGGGGAGGCCUGAUGUAAAACAUUAUUAACUGUUUCUAGAGGAUAGCCUAGGAAGAGGGGAUAAUAGAAAAUUACAAAGAAUACCUUAGGGUUAAAGGAGAGCCCCCAAGGAAGGAAUCUACUUUGUAGCCAGGUCUACUGCUUAAGGAUGGGUUUUGGAUAUCAUUGAAGACAGUGUGGCUGCAGACAACUUCAUGGCAGACAUGUUCACUGGAUUGCCCUGGGACAGAUUGAUUCCUCAGUUGGUAGGCUGAAAUUGGUGAGGAUGGAUCUCAGGCUGUGACUGGCAACAAGGAAGACCUCCCUGCCAGUGUUAGCAGGCAGAGGGUAGAGCACAGGGAACUAUAAAUAGGAAUGGACCUAAAAACUUUCUGGAGAGUGAAUACCACAGCCACAUAGUAGCCAAAGGAGAGAGAACACCAUGAAACCAGGAAGAAGAGCCUGUGUCCUGCAGUGCCUGUCCAGUGCCUUUUACUACACAACUUAACAUCAUGCGCUCUGACAAGGGAGAAAAGUUUAUAGGAUCUAGCUACCUUAUCUCAGAACAGGGUUUGAAGGAUAGAUUUGGAGGUGAGAGUAAUAAAUUGUUAACUGGCAGUCAAAGGUAUAUGCAAUAACCACAAGGUUGUUGUACAAGAGUCAUUUGGGUGUGCCCCACUUCCUCAAGGAAUGAAACCAACCUGUGUCUUUUGAAUUUGUUUUAGUGCAGCAUGAUCAAUGGUUAGAUUUAAUUUUGGUGGAGGUUGGCAUUUUCAUGGGGUAAUAAACAGUGUCCUUUGUUAUUUUUUACAUGUCUGUUCUUUUCCUCUACUGGAUUUCAGAUAUUUUAGGACACAUCUUGUUUUACUAAAUUUUCUAUCUUUCCCCUUCUGUCACUCUUUAUUAUCAUGAUUAGAAAAUACUUUGAUGGAAAACAUAAAAUGUUAAUCAAGAAAACAUUAAAUAAGUUGAUAAAAAUCUUUGUAUGGGUCAAGCAACUGGUUAUUGACAGAA